GGCGGGCGCUGCCCACCCAGCGGAGUCGAGCGGCGUGCCGAGGCUACAAGUGCGGCGGCUGGUGAUUGGGGGACUUUCUCCGGGAGCCUUGCGGGGAGAGCGCACGGUGCUCGAGCCACACCGGGUGGCCGAAGUAGAAGACUUUCCGGAAGCUGCUGGGGGAUGUCUGACUAGCUUUCAUGGAGCUCUACUCCCUUGCUAAGAAGAGCAACAAGGCAGACCUCUGUGAUGCCAGGGACUGGAGUUCCAGAGGGCUUCCUGGUGACCAGGCAGAUAUGGCAGCCACAAGAACUGCUCUCUGCUGUCAGAGACAGUGUGAGUCUACCCCAAGAGCAAUUGAGAUGGAAGGGUCUAAACUUAGUCCUUCUCCAGCAUCCCCUUCCUUCUCUCUGCAAAACAGUACCCUUCUUCCACAUGCUUUUCCACCAGGACCUCUCCACUCAGGGAACAACCAAAUAACAGCAGAACAGAAAGUUUGUAACUGCUGCAGCCAGGAAUUAGAAACUUCUUUUACCUAUGUGGACAAAAACAUCAACUUGGAGCUGCGGAACCAGAGCUCGCCAUCAGUAAAAGGGCAUGACCACCCUGGGGAGCUUGGCUGGGAAAAUCCAAACGAGUGGUCCCAAGAGGCUGCCAUAUCUUUGAUAUCUGAAGAGGAGGAUGAUACAAGUUCAGAAGCCACGUCUUCAGGGAAGUCCAUAGACUAUGGUUUCAUCAGCGCCAUCUUGUUCUUGGUCACUGGCAUCCUGCUGGUGAUCAUCUCUUACAUUGUCCCGCGGGAAGUGACUGUGGACCCCAACACUGUGGCAGCCCGGGAGAUGGAGCGCCUGGAGAAGGAGAGCGCGAGGCUGGGGGCUCACCUAGAUCGCUGUGUGAUUGCGGGGCUCUGCCUCCUCACGCUGGGGGGUGUCGUACUGUCCUGCUUGCUAAUGAUGUCCAUGUGGAAGGGGGAGCUCUAUCGUCGAAACAGAUUUGCCUCUUCCAAAGAGUCUGCAAAACUCUAUGGUUCUUUCAACUUCAGGGUGAAGACCAGCACGAAUGAAAACACUCUGGAACUGUCCUUGGUAGAGGAAGAUGAGCUCGCUGUACAGAGUUAAUUCUGGUUGUGAACAUCUUGAGAGUCUGCCUUGGCAUUUUAUAGUAUGAAAAAAGAAGUUAAUUUGUAAAAAAAAAAAAAAAUCACAGUGCAAUUUAUUUGCCUGGCAAGAAAAGUUUAUUUCACAAACCUACAGGCAAUGAGUGAUUUUGUUCUCCAUGUGUCUUCUAUUUAGAAGAAAAGCCAUGUAAGAUGUAUAAGAAACCACAACCAGCCACACCGAUCCUUCUGAAGAGCUGAAGACUAAUUGAUCUGUAAUGGCCAAGAACUUCUACUUCAAUAGAAAUAUAUUUCUAAUGAUCCAGUACACAAAUAUGUGAUAUUACUCUUUGGACACUAGGUAGUCCUAUGCAUAGUAGGAUCAAUUGCUAAUCUAUUUUGUGAAAGAGAACUAAGCACUAAUCAAUAAUAAGGCUUACAUUUAAUUCUCAACGGUGCUUAUCCAUUUUCUUGCUAAAUUAUCCUUCUCGUUAUUUGACUAAAACACUAAAAUAUGGAGAUUUGAGUUUGAAUAUUUUGAAGUUUGAGGAUGUUGGGCUGUUUUUAUUAUAAAAAAUACUAUGUUUGAAAUUAUUCCUGUAUUCAAAAAUGGCAAUUAAGUCAUUAGGAUAAACUUUCUAAUAAAAGAAAAUUAUGUCAAUCAU